AUGUAUAUUCUGGUUGGUUUGGGGAGCGGAUUUCACAAUGCAGCAUGGAAUGUAUGGAUCGGAAACAUGGCGAACUCGCAUGAAGUGCUCGGUUUCUUCCAUGGAUUCUAUGGCAUCGGGGCCACAAUAAGCCCUCUCGUUGCUACAACUCUAAUCAUCAAAGCUGGAUGGGAAUGGUAUUCUUAUUACUACCUGAUGACUGGAGCAGCUGCUAUCGCGCUAGUUUACUCCACCAGCGCUUUCUGGGAUGAAACUGGGAGCAAAUACCAAGAAGAAAAUCCCAGUUUCCCAGUCACCUGGAUAUGCGCUAUCUUCCUCUUCCUCUAUGGCGGAAUUGAGGUAGCAAUCGGUGGUUGGAUUGUUGUAUUUAUGACGAACGUCCGACACGGCGAUCCAUUUGAAUCCGGAAUGGCAGAGACAGGCUUCUGGCUCGGCAUCACAGUCGGUCGAUUCGUGCUAGGGUUUGUGUCACCUCGAAUUGGAGAGAAGUUGUCCAUUGCUAUAUACCUCUUGCUUGCAAUUGUUCUUGAGCUCAUUUUUUGGCUCGUGCCUGAGUUCAUUGUGUCCGCGGUUGCGGUUGCAUUUGUUGGAUUCUUUAUGGGGACUAUCUUCCCGGGAGUUGUGAUUGUGGCGACACGAUUGCUACCAAAGAAUCUUCACGUUGCUGCUAUUGGGUUUGCGGCUGCCUUUUCGAUGGGUGGUGGUGCUGUUUUCCCAUUCAUGAUUGGCGCUAUUGCCCAGGCUAAGGGAGUGACAGUGUUGCAGCCGAUCUUGCUCGCCAUGCUCGCUGUGUCAUUGGGAAUUUGGGCAACGAUAUUCCGACUUCCUCAGCAAGAGGUAUCACAUCAUGUCUAA